UUUCCUUGUUUUGUGCCUUGGCCCUUUCAGUAGCAUCUCCCUCUUGAGCAGACCACAGUUCUCCACCAAUGCUUCAGUCUCCAUCCCUGGGGAUGGAUCAGAAACUUGAAUCGGGCAAAGUAUGCGUUACUGGGGCAUCUGGCUUUCUGGCAUCUUGGCUUAUUAAACGACUUCUCUUGUCUGGCAAUCAUGUAACUGGAACUGUUAGAGACCCAGGAAACCAGAAGAAAUUGGCGCAUUUGUGGAGGCUGGAAGGAGCUAAGGAAAGGCUCAGAUUGGUGAAGGCUGAUUUAAUGGAAGAAGGCAGCUUUGAUGAUGCAAUCUUGGGGUGCCAUGGUGUCUUCCACUCUGCUUCCCCUGUACUGAAACCUUCAUCUGAUCCAAAGACAGAAAUCCUGGAACCAGCUGUUGAGGGUACAUUGAAUGUGCUACGUUCGUGCAAGAAAAAUCCGUCUCUAAGGCGUGUGGUUCUCACCUCAUCUUCUUCAGCUGUAAGGGUGAGGCCAGAUGAGGAUUUCGACUCCAAUAUACCACUGGAUGAGUCAUCGUGGAGCUCUGUAGAACUCUGCGAGACACUUCAGAUUUGGUACCCUUUAUCGAAAAUUUUAGCUGAGAAGGCAGCAUGGGAUUUCUGCAAAGAAAAUGGGAUUGAUUUGGUAACUGUUCUGCCCUCGUUCGUGAUCGGACCUUGUCUGCCACCAGAUUUAUGUUCUACUGCAUCAGACGUACUUGGCCUGCUUAAAGGGGAAACAGAGAAGUUCAAGUGGCAUGGAAGGAUGGGAUAUGUUCACAUUGAUGAUGUUGCACUUUGCCACAUCUCAGUUUAUGAGCAUGAAAGUGCUCAUGGUCGAUACCUUUGCAGCUCAACAGUUUUGGACAACAAUGAGUUGGCUUCCUUGUUAUCCAAGCAAUAUCCUUCCUUACCUAUCCCCAAAAGGUUUGAGCAACUGGGCAGGCCAAGGUAUGAUUUGAACACCUCAAAGUUGAAGAGUCUAGGGUUCAAGUUCAAGACUAUCCAAGAGAUGUUUGAUGAUUGUAUUGCCUCUUUGGUUGAGCAAGGUCAUCUUACUCUCUAGUUACACUCUCUCAAAUAUCGUGUUCCGACAAAGUUCGAGUUCAUGUUAUCAAUACUUUAUCAAUAAAGUUUUGAGAAUUUUCUCACCUCUAGUUGAUUCCAAAUUAUGCGUAGCGCUUACUAUCUUGAGAAUUUUCUCACUUCGUGUAGAUGAAGAGAUACCAAGUUUGAAUUCCAAAAAUAACUAG